UCGGCUCUUGCGUCACGCGGGGCUUCAAUGAGAGAAUCGUCAUGGUUGUCCCUCUUUCUCCUCACUUCUUCUCAAUUAUAAUUACCAUCCUGUAUCAGUAGCUUCACUUGGUCAAUUGCUCAUCGACCCCACGUCUACACUAUCGUUGAGCCGUCAACUCUCUUAGUUCUGCAACUCCGCCGAACUGACGUGGGAAGCCUGUCCUGUGAAGCUUGCUACCUAGCAGAAUACACUGAUCCAUUUCGGAGUUUCCACUACAUACCCUCUUUUUACGAAGGACAUUGGCUGUAGCCCCUCCGGCAGCAAUGUCGCUCGCUGAGCGUGUUUCCGUGCUGGAGGAGUAUGAGCCGUCAUGGAGUCGCGAGCAGUCACCUAACAGAAUGCCCGGACGCAAGCUAUCGUUCAAUCCAGUGGGAGAAUGGGUACCUCUUGCUGCCCACGAAGAACCGGUUGGAGCUUUCGAGGUGUCAAAAACCAAAAGAAUCAUUCAGGUUGGCGCCGCUGUUGUAUAUUGCCUCUUCGCUGCCGGAGUUGUAUUUGGUUUCGCUGCCAUAAAACCAGUACUGAUAGCAGAGGGUGCCUACCAUGACUUGUGCUCUCCUGAAGAGCAACAUCUUCCAUCAUGCUAUGAGCAAGAGUUGAGAUUGAACCUAAUGUUCACAAUUGCAGCGGUUGCCACAAACGUAUGCGCCCUUCCUGUUGGAACGAUACUUGAUCGGUUUGGUCCUCGGGUGAGCGGAAUCAUUGGCUCGACAUCCUUGGCUGUAGGGGCUCUAUUCUUCGCGUUCUCCUGGGACCUUCCAUUCGAUGGCUUUAUACCUGGAUAUUUAUUUCUUGCUCUGGGCGGACCUUUCAUCUUCAUCUCAUCCUUCCAAUUGAGCAACACUUUCCCACAGAACUCUGGCCUCAUCCUGGCCCUACUCACCGGAGCUUUCGACAGUUCAAGCGCGAUAUUCCUUUUCUAUCGGUUGAUAUACCAGGCCAGCAAUCAAACUUUCACUCCGAAGAAAUUCUUCUUGGUCUAUCUGAUUGUCCCGGUCCUCACCCUCAUCGUUCAACUUACGCUCAUGCCGUCAAAAUCUUACAAGACCGUGGGAGAGUUGGUAGCUCACGCUGAUGACGAGGCUGCAGACAUCCAUGACUCUGACAACGAGAUAGAGGAUGAAGGUCAGGUCCAGCGGCUUCGUGAAGAACGCCGAUUUCGCCGUGAGAGCAUUCUGUCUGACAUCACCGAACUUCUCGGUACUGCCGAUGCAUCUCAACAGACCGAAAGCGAAGAGAAGAAGCGUGAAACUAGUGGUGUGUGGGGUAUAUUGCAUGGCCAGUCUGCCCUUGAGCAAAUACAAACGCCUUGGUUCAUACUAAUUGCACUUUUCACUAUUGUACAGAUGCUCCGGAUCAACUAUUUCGUCGCAACGAUCCGAACACAGUACGCCUAUCUCCUAGGCUCAUACUCCAAAGCCGUUGAAAUCAACGAUUUCUUUGAUGUUGCACUUCCCUUAGGAGGUGUCAUUGCCGUCCCGUUCAUCGGGAUUAUUCUUGACAACACAAGCACCAAGUUCUGCCUCUCUGUGCUCGUCGUGAUUGCUACCUCUAUCGGCGUGCUGGGCGUUAUACCGCAUAUGUGGGCUGCUUACGCUAAUGUUGUUCUCUUCGUCGUCUACCGCCCGCUUUAUUACACUACUGUCUCUGAUUACGCUGCGAAAGUCUUCGGAUUCACGACUUUUGGAAAGGUGUAUGGGUUGAUUAUAUGUCUGGCUGGCGUGCUCAAUUUUGCCCAGUCAGGUCUCGACGCUCUCACCCACGAGGUGUUCAACGACGACCCGGUUCCGGUCAAUGUUGUCUUAUUGGGCGUGGCAUUCAUCAUCGGUAUCAUCCUUGUAGGAUACGUUUGGAGGAAGAGUAAGAAGAUUGGGCGGGAAGGGCUGGAAGAGCGCGCACAGGCAGCGGAGGAACGCGAAAGCCUGAUGCCGACUGCGACAGAUUCCAUGUUGGCAAACUAUGGAUCAACUAAUGGGUCCAACGGUACGCACAUGGACGAUAGAGGACGUAGCAAGUGAGCGAUCUUGUGCCAUUCGACCUUUUCGAUAAAAGUCCUUUUGAGGCCGCGAGCGGGAGUUUCUUUUUUGCACAAAGUUUUACAUCUUGCACUUCGUCAACAAGCGGGCGUAGGAGGUCAACGUCUCUUGAUAAGCAUAUUUUCGGGUACCCAUGUCCAUAAUCAUCAUCAUCUAAGUACAUAUGUCUGAAG